UUCCUCAGAAACGCAUUAUGACCACUCUCCUCAGUUCUUAUAAACCCUUCCGCUGCAAUCCCAUCUCUCACCCCUCUCCGUCCUUCUUCCGGUCUCACUCCCACGACGUCCAUUCGCCCCGUGGAAUUUUGGAAAGGAAAGCCGAACUAGAAGGCGUCAGAGAGUAUCUGAGUCUCCAUUGGAUGGCUCUCAAAUUUCUAAAUUAUCCAAGAAAGUCGUUGUCCGAGUUCUUGAUCGUGAAAAGAGGGAUGCAAUGCCUUGCCAGAUCGAUUUUCUCAUUUUGCCAUAUGAGGAUUGGGACUGAAGUUUCAAGAUUGGCCCCAAGAUUCUUGCGAUCGAGGUUGCAGUCUGCCAUGUCGGAGGAUCCGGAGCUUGGCGAUUUCUUGGAUUACAUGGAGAAUCUCAAGAAUUAUGAGCGAUCGGGUGUGCCAAGAGGAGCUGGAACGGACAGUGAUGAUGGUUUUGAUCUUGGGAGGAUGCGGCGGCUGCUGCAACGACUUGGCAAUCCGCACACCCAAUUUAAGGCUGUUCAUAUUGCUGGCACCAAAGGAAAAGGAUCAACUGCAGCAUUUCUCUCCAAUAUCUUGCGAGAAGAAGGCUACCUGGUCGGCUGUUAUACUAGCCCACAUCUCUUGACGAUUCGAGAACGCAUAUCUUUUGGAAGAAAUGGAGUUCCUGUUUCAGCUGAGGUAUUGAAGAAUGUUUUCCAUCGGGUGAAGGGAAUUCUUGAUCACUCAAUAGAACUGGAAAAUGGAGCUCUGACACAUUUUGAGGUGUUCACAGCUCUGGCCUUUCUCCUAUUCUCUCAAGCAAAGGUUGACAUUGCUAUUAUUGAACAGGCAGGCCUUGGGGGAGCUAGGGAUGCAACAAAUGUCAUAUGCAACACUGAACUUUCUGUAGCAGUUAUAACAUCAAUAGGUGAGGAACACUUGGCCGCGUUGGGUGGCUCCUUGGAAAGCAUUGCGAUGGCAAAAUCAGGAAUUAUCAAGCAUGGGUGCCCAGUGGUCAUUGGUGGCCCGUUUGAACCACAUAUUGAGCAUAUUAUUCGGGAUAGAGCUUUCUUAAUGAACUCUCCAGUUAUAUCUUCAUGUGAUCCAGGAAUCCAGAGUGUUUUAAAAUGCUCUGGAAGAGAAAAUGGGAACUCUUAUCAAACAUGUGACAUAUUCAUCCAAGUUCAGAAAGAUUUACAAUUGUCUAUCGACUUACCUAAUGUAAAACUCUGCAUGCUGGGAAAUCACCAACGUUUAAAUGCUGUUACAGCCACUUGUACAGCACUCUGCCUCCGUAGUCAAGGGUGGGCAAUAUCAGAUGAGUCUAUUCGAGCUGGUUUAGAGCGAACACAGUUGCUUGGGAGAAGCCAAUUUCUAACACAGGAUGAAGCUUCAGCAAUUGGACUAUCUGGAACAUCCAUACUCAUUGAUGGAGCCCAUACUGAAGCAUCUGCUAAAGGGUUAGCGGAUGUAAUACAGAUGAUGCAUCCAGACGGGGCAUUGGCUCUUGUGGUGGCAAUGGCUAGUGAUAAAGAUCAUCUGGCAUUUGCAAAACAACUUCUUUCAGGUCCAAGGCCAGAGAUUGUGCUGUUGACUGAGGUGACCAUUGCAGGAGGAAAAUCUCGCGUUGCUUCAGCUUCAACGUUAAAGGAUUUCUGGAUUAGAGCUGCAUUAGAUUUAGGAAUUGAUUUUGUAGAUAUCGGGGUGAUUGACCAUGGGAAGAAUCUUGAGGGUCAUAAAAGUGAAUCACGAGGAUCAUCAGAUCACAGCCCAGCAAUGUUGGUUCUGUGCCAUAUUGGAUCUGUAAGUGAGUCAAUUAAGGCUGCAUCUCAGCUGCUCCAGUCCAGGAUAGGUAAUAAGCCCAGUGUUGUUGUUGCUACUGGCUCCCUAUAUGUAGUGUCGUCUGUCUUACGGCUGUGCACCACUAAUCAGUUUCUGACCACCCAUGUAUAAAUACCCCUUUGUUUACAUGACUAGCUUUUGCAAACCUAGUCUUGAUUAUUGGAAUGGUAAACAUGGAGAGUUUAUUGAUUUCUCUCUGUGUUCAUCCUGUUUGAUUGAAACAUGGCCGAGCCAACUCCACAUGCUUGCAGAGAAGAUCCUUGUGUGAGAUAGUGAUUCACGUAUUAUGGACAAUUCAAGACUUGCAACCUGCCCAAAGAAAUCACCGGCUCCAAAUUCUCUGGACCACGGACAAUUCAAGACCGAGUCUAGAAGCUUCUCCAAGCAGAGAAGGGGUUUCCCUGAUUCACAGUCCAGCCUACUGAUUGAGCUAUCUUUUAAUCUCGUAUUUGCGUUCCGGACUUGCAUCAUGUUUUAGACUAUUGGAUUCCAUGUUAAUUGUUUUUUCCCAAGUUAAUGUAUUUGGAAUUUCAACUCUUGGAUAAAAAAGAGUUGAUUGAAUAAGCUGAGGAGCUGAUUCUGGUUUUGGAGCUUUUAACCAUUGCAGAACCCGAUUUUGUUCUUA